AUCGGUACUCUCCAUUUGCUGCUUUUACGCGCAAACUCACUUCCCUCACUAACGCUACAUGUGUUUUCUCAACAGGAUUUUUAUAUUUUGCAGUCUUUAACAAGUGAUUCUAAGAGUCAAUUAUUUACAUUACACAAUAUGGAGGUUAAUUUUACGCUGACGGGGCGCGACUUUCUAGAUUUACGCGCGUUGGCGCAGAAACUUCUGACUCAGGGAAACAACUACUCUCUGCGUCUGGUGAACUACUCUCUGUUUGACAACGGAUCGGGGUUCGAUGAGGAGGACUCAUUGGACGUGAACACUAACAUCUACUCGAAAGUCCUGGUCACUGUGAUCUAUAUCGCGCUCUUUGCGGUCGGUUGCUUAGGAAACUCCGUCACGCUGUACACCCUGCUGACCAAGAAGUCACUACAAAAUCUCCAAAGCACUGUCCACUACCACCUAGCGAGUCUCGCCGUCUCCGACCUGCUCAUACUUGUCCUUAGUAUGCCCGUCGAACUCUAUAACUUCAUCUGGGUCCAUCACCCCUGGGCGUUCGGAGGUGUCGUUUGUAAAGGUUACUAUUUCAUUCGGGAUGCUUGCUCUUAUGCCACAGCAUUCAACAUCGCCAGCCUCAGCGUGGAGCGUUAUAUGGCAAUUUGCCACCCUUUCAAGGCAAAGAGCAUCAUGUCGCGCAGCCGCACCAAGAAGCUGAUCAGCGGGAUGUGGGUGGCUUCGUUCCUCCUGGCCUCUCCGAUGCUCUUCACCAUGGGCCAGAAGUACCAUGGGCCCCAAAGGGAGAAGAUAUGCACCACAAUCGUGUCACCUGUCUUGUUGAAGAUAGUGAUUCAGGUGAAUGUGUUCCUGUCCUUUGUGGUUCCCAUGGUAGCCAUAUCUGCUCUGAACGGGGUCAUCGCCAGUCAGCUGCUGCGUAUGUUCAGAGAGACGAAGCAGGACACCCGCAUCUGCAUUAUUGAAGGCAACCCUACCAUGCUGAGUAUCGCUGUGGAGCCAAACCGCACACAGUCGCUGCGUCAUGGAGUCAUGGUUCUUCGGGCUGUGGUUGUUGCCUUUGUGGUGUGCUAUCUACCGUAUUAUGUACGGCGCCUCAUGUACUGUUACGCAGAGUUCACAGAGGAAGGGUAUGAUUACUACCACUACUUCUUCAUGGUGACCAACGUCCUCUUCUAUGUGAGCUCAGCCAUCAACCCAGUCCUCUACAACCUAGUCUCGGCCAACUACCGAGAGAUCUUCUUCAACACGCUCCGCUGCCUCUGCCUACCGUGCCGUCGCAAGAAACAGAGACGUCCUCUGACCAGACACUCCAUCAGCAUCUGCAGUAACCACACCUUCUCCUCCAACAUCAUCAAGGAGACCGUCUACUGACGACGACAGAACCACACCCCUGAUAACAUUCCAUUUCAGAACUGCAAUGUAUGUAUUCUAGUACUCGGCGGGACUAAAUAUGGGCUUGAUGGGGACUCUGGCACUUUGAAUCACUGACACGUUACAUAGGCUACACACACAGAACAUAUCCAAAAUGUGAUCACUAAUAAAAAAAAGAAAGAUUAAGUGUUCGAUGUAAUAGUCUAACGCUGUAAAUAUUGUAACAUCUAUGUACAUUCAGAUUUUCAUAGAACUAUCAAUGAUACUCGAUUUUAACCACUUACAGUAGUUUAUAACAUUAUAUGAUGACGAUCAGAACAUUCUGCACUUAUCAGCCUACAUAUGGGUCUUUGAAAUAGGAGGCAAAAAACUAUACGCUGUGACAGUUACCAGGAAGUGACUUCCCCUCAGUUUUUUAACAUUGUAGGCUUUUUAAUUGGUCUUCAAUGGUACACAACUAAGAGCAAUGGUGUUUCAAGGGCAAAGACUUCAUAAAAGGCAUCUGGCAGAAGUAAAUUCAUCCACAAACACAAAUAUAUGUGUAUAUAUAUAUAUAUAUAUAUAUCUUUAAUGCGUUUUCACGAAUUUUAUGAAAUAAUUGUAAAGCCAGUGCAUGAGAUUAGGGGACAUGACGCGGCAGUAAAGUGGAAGGGGCGGUGACUUUCACAGGGUGUUAUCCAACUCUUUUUUGGGAUACAGAGAAUGAUGAUCAAAUUAACCACCAUUUGUUAUCUGCUGAGGAACAAAUGCCUGGAAAUGGUAUUGAUAAAAACAAAAUGUCUUGUAAUUAAAAAAAUGCAAUGGUCUGCUUGGACUGUGAAUGUUAAUGAAAUGCUGAGAGAGGAUGUACUAUUAUGAAGAGGAGCAACAGAUGGCAGUUACAGUUAAUGGAUGAUCUGCUGUGGGGUUGAGCCCUAUAGGCUGUUCCAUUAUGCCAACUCCUGACCAAUUACAGCAAGCACAGUCAGAAGUUUACAUACACCUUAGCCAAAUACUUUUCAACUCAGUUUUUCACAAUUCCUGACAUUUCAUUCUAGUUAAAAUUCCCUUUCUUAGGUCAGUUAGG